AUGAAGAGUGGAAUUCCAAGUGUGAUUGUCAAGUUGGAUAUUGAGAAGGCUUAUGAUCAUAUGAAUUGGGAUGCUUUGUUUUAUCUCAUGGAGAGGAUGGGUUUUGGAGAGAAGUGGAGGAGGUGGAUGAAGUUUUGUGUUUCUACAGUCCGAUUUUCAGUUCUUCUUAAUGGCUCUCCAGUGGGUUUUUUUGGUAUUACUUGGGGCCUUCGCCAAGGGGACUCUUUGUCUCUCCUCUUUGUUUCCUAUUGGGAACAACUUUUAUAUAUUCGGACAGUGAUGAUUUUCUUUGAGACUAUCACAGGCUUGAAAGUUAAUAUUGGUAAGAGUGAGAUUGUUCCAAUGGGGGUGGUAGGGGGUUUGGAUACUCUGGCUGGUGUCUUAGGCUGCAAUGUUGGUAGGCUGCCCAUGAUUUACUUAGGUAUGCCUUUUGGAGCUUAUUUUAAGGAUCCAUCAAUUUGGAAUCCUAUUAUAGAAAAAAUGGAGAAGAAGGUUUUUGGUUGGAAACGUUUAUAUUUGUCGAAAGGGGGUAGAUUAACUUUAUUGAAAAGUACCCUUUCAAGCCUUUCCACCUAUUUCUUAUCCCUGUUUAUUAUCCCUCCGGUUGUGGCGGAUAGAUUAGAAAGGAUUCAGAGAAAUUUCCUAUGGGGGAGUUUUGAGGAAUCUUUCAAAUAUCCACUUGUUGCUUGGAAUAAAGUGUGUUGGCCAGUUGAAGCAAGAGGUUUGGGGAUAAGGAGGUUUGGUUUGUUUAAUCAAGCCCUGCUUGGAAAAUGGUUAUGGCGUUUUGGAAGUGAAACCAAUAAUUUAUGA